AUGUCCAUCGACAGUGGUUUAUCAAACUCAGUUAAAAUCUACGAGAACCUUCGAGAACCUCCGAGAAUCUACGAGAACCUUCGAGAACCUCCGAGAAUCUACGAGACCCUCCGAGAAAUCUAUGAGAACCAACCUCCGAGAAAUCUACGAGAACCUUCGAGACUCUCCGAGAACCGACAAAAAACAUGCCAAGAUUAUAACUUGACAUUGUUACAGACUUUUACAACGAGGCUGGUGCAGAGCGCGCACCGCCUGUCAGAGACAAAGACUGUUGCCAUAACAUCCUUACCAUGUGUGCUAUCAAAUACACAUGCAUUAGAGCGGAUAGUUAACGGGUACAUAGCAGAUAUAACAGAGGUGCCUUAUCAAGCGGCGUUGAGGCGAAAAACUAGUGUCGGCUGGAGCCAUUCGUGCGGCGCCGUGGUCAUAUCUUCAAGGAGCGUGCUGACUGCAGCGCAUUGUAUCACUGGUUUUGAAAACAGUACUGCCAAACUGCAAGUGGCUGUUGGUACUACCAAGAAAACAGGGGGAAAGUCAUAUAAUGUGUCGCAACUAUUCUAUCACGAACUGUAUUCACCAGUUACUCUCGAAAACGACAUCGGAUUGGUGGCUGUGGAGGGAAAAAUUAAAUUCAACCAAAAUGUGAGAGCAAUUAGUAUAGCCCUUUCGGCUUUGCAUUUUCCAGCGGGUAUUCAUGCCAUUGUUUCAGGAUUUGGGAGCACUGAGUACGAAGGCCACUCGUCAUCAGAUCUUCGAGCAGCUGUAGUGGAGAUAGUAUCUCAAUCAGAGUGUGUCCGUGCGUACAGAAGAAUUAGCAACAUCACACCAGGCAUGAUUUGUGCUGCUGGAAAGGAUCCACCUCGCGAUGCUUGUCAAGGGGACUCAGGAGGACCUUUAGUUGUGGGAAGAACUUUGAUCGGAAUUGUCUCCUGGGGUGAGGGUUGUGCUAAUACCACUUACCCAGGUGUUUAUACUCGCGUUUCUGUGUAUAAUGACUGGAUUCAUGAACAGUUGAGGCGAAUAUAG